ACUUUCACCUAUCGCUCGUAUUCAUUUUCAUCUUCUUAAUUUAUCUCUUUGCUUAUCCAGCGAGCAUAUGUAGCUACCCCUAAGGUUAAGAUUCUAAACGACUCAUUGCUAUAAAGUUUCAAGGCGAAUAGCCACUCAAAACAAGAGGACAGAUGAAAAUAUACGUGAAAAGUGAGAAUUUUAUUAUUUUUUUGGUGAUUUUGAUGGAGUUUUAUGGAAAAAACGAGGGUGCAACAGUGACAUGCGAACCUAAAUACGAGUUCUUACCAUGCACAAGCGAACCAUGGGGAACGCUUUUCCUAAUUGUGGUUUAUCAAUACUUGGUGGCUCUUGGUCAGAAGUACAUUUCUGAUGGAUCGAAUAAGUUCUUCAGUCUUAUCGGGCCGGGUAUAUUUGGCGCAAGUUUGUUUCAUAUUCUAGCGAACUUCCCUACACUUUUCCUCGUCUUGCAGUCUGGAUUAUCAAACAACACUGGUGGUUCUUCUACAGCUAGUUCCGGAAUGGACAUGUUAACAGGAUCCGCGGUCAUGAGUCUAACAAUAAUUUGGCCAUCAGUCAUAACUUUCGGAAGCUAUGAUCUUGCUGAUGAUGAUGACGUGGUUACAGAGCAAGAGCCAUCAUUCUUAACUAAAGUAACAGCAUAUGGUGUUACAACUGAUAAAGCAACAACAUAUACCGCAAGAAUCAUGCUCGUGUCACUUAUCCCUUUUAUCAUUCUCCAACUCCCAGCAAUCAUCAGUUCGAUAUCAAUAACUCGAGUGAUAAUUUUAGUCACUCUCAUCGUUGUGUCGUCUAUGUACAUUACUUACAUUAUGUAUCAGAUCUUCCAACCUUGGAUUCAAAACAGGAGAUUUGAAUAUGUGACAAAAAAAUUUGUCAAGGACAAAUUACAGACGCUACUCUCCAUAAAUGGGAAGCCACAUGUGCGACUUAUAAGAGAGUUGGAUUUUUAAGGGACUUGAUGAAGAUCACGAUGGUAAAGUGUCCAAUGCUGAAUUGAAAACUUUCCUACUAGGAAUACAAUUGCAAGCAGACAGUGCAACAAACGAUGAUUUUGUAAAAAAUAUCAUGGAUCAAUUCGACAUCUCAGGCAAUCAAUCUAUUGAAGAGAAUGAGUUCGUAAUAAUUCUAACGAAAUGGCUCCAGGAAGCAAAAAAACCACUCUCUCAAAACGAUUAUAACCCUCUUACCUUCUUGUUCAAACGUAAUCAGGAGGCAGAUAAAGAACAACGAAAGGCUUUGAUACCUAAGAAAAUCCGUAAUGCUCAAAGUUCGAUAUUGGAGUUCUUGGGAGCUUUGAGCCUAAUAUUCUGUGGGAUCACUAUGACUGUUCUCGUUUCAUCAUCAUUUAUAACGAAUGUUGUGGCUUUUGCCAGUUAUGCAAAUGUCCCUUCCUUCCUCAUCCCAUACUUUAUAAUACCAUGUGCCACAAACAUAUCACGUCUCUUAUCAACCAUAAGCUCUGCAACACAAAAGACGGAACGAGCCACGUCUUUAACAUUUUCUAGGAUCUAUUCAGGAGUCGCCAUGAGUAGUAUGAGUACUUUGACGGUAUUUCUAUUACUUGUGUACAUAAGAGAUCUACCAUGGGACGUAUCCCCUCAAGUUUUUGUUGUCUUGGUAAUUGGUGGAGGGAUGGCAAUUUUGACAAGUACUAGGACAGUUUAUCCACUUUGGAUGGGUUAUGUGGUUUAUCUCAUGUACCCUAUUUCACUACUAAUGUUGUAUUUGCUUACCGUUACAAGGGCAUAAUUAUAGGCUAGAUUAAGUCUACAUGCACUACUAUGCGACUUGUUUUAAUUAUAUG